UUUGGGAUUGCCUCUUAUCCUUCAUCUGCUCUCACAGGAGCGAAGCAAGGGAGCGAGACAGCGUGUGGGCGCCGCCGCCAUGGCUUGCUCCGUUCCUUCCGUCGUCGCGUCGAAGCUCACAGCACCGAUGGCCUUCUUGGCGCCUGCAUCCGGCUCUUCACCGAGAGUACAAGCAAUUCCGAAGGGCUUCCACGGUCUGAGGCGGAGCUUCCAACCUUGUCCUGCCCGGAUGUUCUCCGCCCCAAGAUCUUCCCCAAGAAGUUUCGUUGUCAAGGCCUCGGCCGAGAGCUACCAGCCUCUAGUUGGGAAUACAGCACCGGACUUUGAGGCCGAAGCUGUUUUCGAUCAGGAGUUCAUUAAUGUCAAACUUUCUGAUUAUAUUGGGAAUAAGUAUGUGAUUCUGUUUUUCUACCCACUGGACUUCACAUUUGUCUGCCCUACAGAAAUUACUGCUUUCAGCGACCGCCACUCGGAAUUUGAAAAGAUAAAUACUGAAGUCAUAGGUGUGUCAGUUGACAGUGUGGUAAGUUGUUAUUAGUAAUUGUUACGUCUAAUAUCUUAAUUUUCUGUGAAUAUUUAUUCCAUUCAUGCUUCUUGAUUCUAAUUAUUGUGUUUUGCCCAACCUAGCUUAACUCUAUCAGCAUGGUGGGAUGCUUCUAUAUGGUUGUUCAUUGACUCUGAAGAAAGACCAAUAUUUAAAUUUUAGCUUUUCAGUUCUCAAUAUUUUUGUUACGUACAAUACUUUGUCCAACAUACCUUAUAAUAUCAGGCAACUAAAAUUUCCUGGUUAUGAUGUACCAUAGGUGAGCCUUUCUAUGAUCUACAUUCUCUACUUUUUUUCUGUGACCCAAUAUUGUUAUUAGCAGUUAGUUAUUGCCUUCACCAUAGUAGAAUUCCAUAGCUCGUAGUGUGCAUGCUCAUACCUGACGCUUCCCAAAGACUAUCCACCUUCUGUGCCAAUCACUUUUGUGAACCACUUAU